AUGUUCACCAUAAUUCUAUCUUUAGAGGAUGACAAUAUUUGGAAUAGUUACUUCAAAAGUCAAUUUACAGGCCAAGAAAUCAAAUCAUGCCAAAACUGCAAUCUACCAGCAGGUCAAGGUCAAUAUUACUUAGAUGAGUGCAAUUUUUUUGAUGAUAAUAACCGAGUUAUCUACUUUGAUCCAGUUAAAAACUCAUUGUUCCUACAUAAUCGGUGUUCUUUUAGUAAUUGCACUUCAACAUCAAGUGGAAGUUGCAUUUACUUCAAAAUUGGUAGUAAUAGUUCGAUUGUUCAACGAAAAUUCUGUUGUACAAAAUGCCAAAGCCAAGGUAAAGGCCAAUUUUCAUAUACUUUAGUUGACAGAGAUAACUUAAACUUUUUUAUGGAAAGUUCCCUUUUCGAUGUAGGAAAAGAAAGUGUUGGUUGUUCUAUUGAAGCAGAACGUGAUAAUAUCGUAGUUUCAUCAACAAAUUUCUCAUCAUGCAAAGCAUCUUGGGGACCUGCUGGUUGGCUUAAAAGUCCUAAUGUUAAUUACACAACAAAAUAUAACUAUACAACUGUUGUUAAUAAUUUAGCAACAUUUAUUAUGAUUCUAAGUAUUUGGUAUAACGCUUUGAUUGAUUCAUGUAAUAUUAUAAAUAAUACUACUACUCAAUCAGAUUUUGGAAUUAUUCACCAUCAAGAAAAUUCUCUUACUGUAAAAAGUUGUUCUUUUAUUAACAACACUGGUCCUGAAGAUUCAUCUUUGAUAUUUAACAGUAAUUAUGGUGAUCCAAAUGAACAAACAACAGUUGAUAGUUGUUACAUUGACAAUUCGACUUCAUCAACAUUUCUUAGAAAUGUAGUACUUACUAAUCCAAGAGAACUAUUUACUAACAAAUUGAUUCAUCUUUCAACUGGUAAUUGCCAAGCAGAAUUUGCAAUUAUCAAAAAAACCAAAUGCAUUGAAUAUUUCUCUCACCGAUUCCCAUGUCGUCGUUGA